UCCAGCGGAUAUGUUCCACUGUUUGCUUUUUUAAUUAAAUCUUUUCAACACCAGGAGAGAGUGAACAAACUAACGUUAUAAUUCUGGAAGGAGCGGCAGAAAAUUAAUUGGAAUUUCUCAGGCGCUGAAGAGCUGACAUUGACUAAUUUUAAGCCUUGGAAGGGACCAUGACGGAUGAUCGGAGUGUGUCAGACGUGGCCAGUUCAGGAGGCUCCGAGAGUGAGUCGGUCGUUUCCCCGGGUUCCUCUCUGGCCCCUGAUGGGGACGAGAAGUUUCAGGCUGGUCCCGAGGAAGGCAGUGGUAAGCGGGACAGCGAGGAGGACAAAUUUCCCCUGUGUAUCCGAGAGGCGGUGAGCCAAGUGCUGGAAGGUUAUGACUGGACCCUAGUACCCAUGCCGGUCCGAGUCAAUGGCUCCUCCAAGAAUAAGCCUCAUGUGAAGAGACCCAUGAACGCCUUCAUGGUCUGGGCGCAGGCAGCACGGAGGAAACUAGCAGACCAGUAUCCACAUCUCCACAAUGCGGAGCUUAGCAAAACCCUGGGCAAACUCUGGAGGUUACUGAACGAGAAUGACAAGAGGCCGUUUGUGGAGGAGGCUGAGAGACUGCGAUCACAGCACAAGAAGGACCACCCCGACUACAAAUACCAGCCACGGCGGCGCAAGAACAUGAAGCCGGGUCAGGCUGAGGCUGACAGUCACCCAGACGAUGGCCACCUCUCUGCUGGACAGCCCCACUACAAAGCUGUACCUCAGGACCGUGGGCGUGGGCCGGGGGCUUCCCCACUCUCGGAGGGGCAUGGCGAGCACACAGGCCAGAACCACGGUCCCCCAACGCCCCCCACCACUCCCAAGACUGAGAUCCAGCCGGGGAAAGCGGAGGGCAAGCGGGAUGGGCACCCAUUGGUGGAGAGGGGCAAGCCACACAUCGACUUUGGCAACAUGGACAUUGGGGACCUGAGCCAUGAUGUCAUGUCCAACAUGGAGACCUUCGACGUCCAUGAGUUUGACCAGUACCUGCCCCCCAACGGGCACCCGGGUCAUGGUCAGAGCCUGGCAGGGGGGCCGUACGUUGGGAAUUAUGGGCUGGGGGGCAGCUCUGGAGGACCCACGACGUGGAUUUCCAAGCAGCACAGUGGAGGUGGUGCUCCCUCCUCCUCCUCCUCGGGGGCCACCCCGUCCGAGUCGAAAGCUCAAAUCAAGACAGAGCAAGUUCAUCCGAGUCACUACACAGAGCUACAGCACUCAUCGGCCCAGAUCACCUACACCUCACUGAGCCUCCCUCACUACGGCUCUGCUUUCCCCAGCAUCACCAGGUCCCAGUUCGACUACUCGGAGCACCAGCCUUCGGGAUCCUACUACAGCCCCUCUGGCCAGGCGUCCGGACUCUACACUGCCUUCUCCUACAUGGGCCCAUCGCAGCGGCCACUCUACCCGUCUAUCAGCGACCCGUCCUCCGUGCCGCCAUCUCGUAGCCCCACUCACUGGGAGCAGCCCAUCUACACAACACUCACUCGACCAUAGGAUCUCUCCGACCCUACUUUCCCCCAUUCCCCCUUCCUCCAACACACACACGCACAUACACCCCAUUCCCAUCUCCCCACCUACACCCCCCCCCCAAUCCCAAUUCCCAUGUCCCACCCCCCCAUCAAGGACCCAAUGGGACUUGUUCGUUGUUUUGAAAGAGAGCAAAAGAUGAAAGAAAAAGGCAAAUCGAUCCCCACCCAUGGUUCCCCCCACAUGUUGGGGUGGGAGUCAGUCGUAUGGAACUUUCUCACCUUCAGAUGAAAAGAUGUCUCUGGCCUGGGCUGAGGGAAGACGCUGGAGCUCUAGACUAUAGCCACACUCAACUACCGUGCCCUUAACGUGAGAUGGAACAUUACGCUGGAGUGGGUUGCUGAGAGAAGACUCUCCAGUCAAUCACUCCGGUCCUUCUAGUGGAAGAUCUGUGCCCCACCCCCAACCCGAGUGUGAAGUGACCAUCCAUUUCCAUUUAUUGUCGGGACUGAAGCUUCCCAGCACAUUGUAAACUGUCACAUCAUUCAUGUGGGCCUUCGACUGAGAUCUACUCUUUCAGAAGUUGUUCUGAAGAAACAGAAUUAUAAACGACUGUAAAUUCAAACGAGCUGGAUUCUAGUCUCAAAGUAACGUGAACCUGUGACCGCCAGUGCCCUCUUUAUGUCAAAACUGUUAAAAACGGCUUUGCUUCAGUCGCCAGUAACAUUUCCUUUUUGUUUAACUUGCUUAGGCCUCGUAGGCUGUGGUUAGCUUUAUCUUCACAAUAAAAUGUGGAGGGGGGGUGAGCUGGGGAGUGGAUAGAGGUGGAAGCAGACCUGAAAAGACAGAAAAGCUUGCAUUUCUGUAGCAGCCUUUCACAGGCACCUCAGAGCCCUUCACAGCCAGCUCAGUCCUUUUCUUUAAGUGUCACCACUCCUAUAAAUGCAGGAAGCAUGGCAGUCGUUUUGUGUACAGCAAAAUCCCGAGGAGCAGCCACUGAGCCAGGUGGUCUGUUUUCUCUCCCAUAAUCAUUAUUUGAAGGAUAAAUAUUGGUCACAGGAGCACUGGGGGGAAAGAUUUCCCUCCCUGUUCGUUUUGAAAUAGUGGUCAUUGGGAAGAGAAAUAUUGACAAAGUAGUGAGAAGUUUCCGGUAUUUAAGAGACCUCUGUGUUUUUUGUAUUUGCUCCGUGCCAACCUCCUGCUGUGCCCCAACAUGGGGUUUGUUGUAGGAGUCAGAGGGGAUCUGAUUCCUCGGUCAAUCCAUCUCGCUGUAUUUUUGGCAGCGAUCACUCGUUAACAAAGAGACUGCUUUUAACCUUUCUAAUUUAUCAAAGAUGUACAACAAGUCGCUUUUUACGUCCAGUAGCUUCAGCUCUGAGAGAGUUGGCACUUUCACCCUCAAUGUUGGGCCCAGUUUGGGAGUUGCUAACCCUCCUGGACCGUCCUGGGAACUGCAGACUGAACUUCCCGUGUGAGCCAACCUGGCUGCCAACGAGAAACAAUUACUUCAACAAAGUUUGGAGUCAGGUCAUUAGUGGGCGUUCGGGGAGAGGUGGCAUAACUGACUGUUGAGAAGCAGCCAAUCAAAGAAAUGAACACUCCAUUUGCUUUCCAAUUGGCUGUGAGCAAGCGGGGUGCCAUGGGAUUGAAAGUAUGGGAGAGCCAAUGGCAGGAGAGGAAAGUCUGGGCUUCUGGACGAUGAGAUGAAGUCUCCAGGGAAGUUUUGAGGGACUCCAUUGGCCUAGUGGAUUGGGCUUCAGCCUCGGGACCUCUUUCCCUCCUGGGUUAGGCCCAAAGCAGGCAGAGAUGAGAUCUCCAAAACUCAACACUGCUUCUGUCAUCUUUCCACAACAGCAACGGUCACACUCGCUGCUUUAGGAGACUGCACACUGCAGUGAGGAGACAUCCUUAAAGCACUUCUAAAUCUACCCCCACCCCCCACCCCCAUCACCCCUUAGAUGUGUGUACACCAGCGUGGGUGUGAUCUGACUGGACCACUCACCCUGAAGGCUAUAUUAGAGACAAAUUAAAGUCACACUAUGGCAGCAUUUGAAGUAAAACUCACUGAUUUGAAACGGUGGCUGCGAAUCCAUUCAGUCUUCCUGAAAAUCAUCCCCCUCUGCGGCUUUGACCUUACUCCAUCGCACUCCCGUCACUUCUCAGCUUUAACCCCCUGUGUUCCAAGGGAACAAUCCCAGCUUCACUCAGUCUGUGUAAUAAGAGUCCUUUGCCCUGCAGGGGAGUGGGUGAUGAAUCAGCCCAGUCUAGUCACUUGUUGGUGAGCUUUGGGUGUGACGGACUGUCCUUUAUUCAUUCAUGGGAUGUAGCUGACCCUUGCAACAUUUGCUCAUCCUUAAUUGCCCCUUGAGAAGGUGGGGGGGAGCUGCUGCCUUGAACCGCUGCAGUCCAGGUGCUGUGGGUAGACCCACAAUGGCCCUAGGGAGGGAAUUCCAGGAUUCUGACCCAGCGACACUGAAGGAACGGUGAUAUAUUUCCAAAUCAGGAUGCUGAGUGGCUUGGAGGGGAACUUGGGACAGGGGGUGGUGUUCCCAUGUAUCUGCAAUCCUUGUCCUUCUAGAUGGAAGUGGUCAUGGGUUUGGAAGGUGAUGUCUAAUGAGCCUUGGUGAAUUUCUGCCGUGCAUCUUGUAGAUAGCUUUGGCAAAGGGUCAGUUAGACUCAAAACGUCAGCUCUUUUCUCUCCUUACAGAUGCUGCCAAACCUGCUGAGAUUUUCCAGCAUUUUCUCUUGUGGUUGUAGAUAGGACACAAUGCUGCUACUGAGUGUUGAUGAUGAAGGGGUGAAUGUGAUGCCAGUCAAAUGGGCUGUUUGUCCUGGAUUGUGUCAAGUUUCUUGUGUUGUUGGAGCUGCAUCCAGGCAAGUGGGGAGUAUUCCGUCACACGGGUAACCCGUAACUUGUAGAUGGUGAACAGAGUUUGGGAGUCAGGAGGUGGGUUACUCAUUGCAGGAUUCCCAGUCUCUGACCUGCUGCUGGUGUCCUUUCACCUGAUCGGAGUCUUCAGAAUCAGAGUUAUGGAAUCCCUACAGUGUGGAAGCAGGCCAUUUGGCCCAUCAAGUCCAUAUUGACACUCUCUGAAGAAUAUCUCAUCCAGACUCUCACCCAUCCCUUCCAUGUAACCCCUCAAUUCCCAUGGUUAACACACCUAGCCUGCAUAUCCCUGGACACUAUGGGCAAUUUAGUUUGGCCAAUCCACCCUAACCUGCACAUCUUUGGACCAUACACCCCUACUGAUGGAGUUCCUUCCUAAUUGUGCCUUAAAAUAUACUCUGUAUCAUUAAUUAGCAACUUGUGAUGUAAUAAAUGCUGGCCCACCAUUGACAUAACGAGAGUGAACAUUAAAAUCGUGCCUAUAAAGGGACACACGUGAGUGUUGACUUAGCCAUUCUCUGAUGUUUCAGAUGAAUAAUUUAAUCCUUCAAUUUUACCUUUAUUCCUUCAGAAAGUUUUUUUUAUUUUGGUUAAAAUAUUACCCACCCUACACUUGGAACUAAAGUAGAACCAACAGAAUGAAACUAGGUUAAUCAGUUGUCCAACUCUACCCACAGCUGCAUCAGGAAAAUGUGUCCCCAUUAGUUUCAGAAAUGAACAGAUAGGGAAAUGGUGUUCCUUUAAAAAGGACCACAGUGGCCUCCUGUUGGAGGGCCAGGUACAUAAACCAUUGCAACUUCUUUAUUAAUAAUCUGCUUGAUGCUAAGCUCCCUCAAGGGCACAAUGAUCAAAUCAGUGAUGCUAUGGAAAUGUGUAACAAUAGCAGAGUUUCUGGUAGUCUAUUUAUUUUAUAGUAUUAAAAAGUGCCAUUGCUGUUUUGUGAAUAUUUUAUUUAAUAAUCCUAUUUUAUAAUGAUUAGAUUGUCCUCAACUAUCCACUGUUUAGAAUGUGCUGUGAGAUGCGGUCUGCUGUAAUUUGCUGAGUAUUUUCUGAAUUCUGUAGAAGCCUGUCUUCAGAAACCUUGUGAGGAUUGGGAAUAAUUGAAAUUGGAGCGGACCCAUCCCAACUAGACCAGGGCUAAUCCAAUAACAAUCUCCAGUCUGCUUCAGGUUGGUUGAUCCUAAAACUGCAAGUGUUCACUCUAGAAGCUUGUUGUUCAAUCUCCUUCUAGAAACAGGCAGGAGGGGCUGAACAACCUGUUCCUAUGGGGUUUGUUUAAAUCUUCUUCCUGCCAUCCUUUGAGGGAGCACGUUCCUAGUCACAAGCUGACAAUGUUUCUCCUCCGUUCUCACUGGUUCUUCAUUCUCUUUGAUAUUUAUCCAAAACACAAUCUAAGAUUGCUGGAAAAUCUCAGUAGGCCUUGCAGCAAUGUGGGACCCUGCUGAGUUUUUCCAGCAAUCUUUGAUCUUGUUUCUGAUUUCCACCAUCUGCACUUCUUUUGGUUUUUCAAUAUGUAUGCCUCUCCUGUCACUGUAAACACACUGACCUUACUUACUCCAUCGCACUCCCGUCACUUCUCAGCUUUAACCCCCUGUGUUCCAAGGGAACAAUCCCAGCUUCACUCAGUCUGUGUAAUAAGAGUCCUUUGCCCUGCAGGGGAGUGGGUGAUGAAUCACUUGUUGGUGACUUUGGGUGUGAGCAGACUGUCCUUUAUACAUUCAUGGGAUGUAGCUGUCUCUUACAACAUUUGCUCAUCCUUAAUUGCCCCUUGAGAAGGUGGGGGGAGCUGCUGCCUUGAACCGCUGCAGUCCAGGUGCUGUGGGUAGACCCACAAUGGCCCUAGGGAGGGAAUUCCAGGAUUCUGACCCAGUGACACUGAAGGAACAGUGAUAUUUCCAAGUCAGGAUGGUGAGGGGCUUGGAGGGGAACUUGGGGCAGGGGGUGGUGUUCCAGUGUAUCUGCUGCCCUUGUCCUUUGAGAUGGAAAUGGUCAUGGGUUUGGAAGGUGCUGCCUGAGGAUCUUUGGUGAAUUUCUGCCGUGCAUCUUGUAGGUGGUACACACUGCUGCUACUGAGUGUCAGUGGUGGAGGGAGGGGCUGUGGUACCAAUCAAGCCGGGGGCUGCUUUGUCCUGGAUGGUGUUGAGCUCCUUGAGUGUUGUUGGAGCUGCACCCAGGCAAGUGGGGAGUAUUCCAUUACACUUCUGACUCAUGCCUUGGAUGUGGUGGACAGGCUUUGGGGAGACAGGAAGUGAGUUACUGGCUGCAGGACUCCUAGCCUCUGACCUGCUAUUCUAACUACUGUGUCUAUACCGCUGUUCCCGUUUAGUUACUGGUUGAUGAUGACCCCCAGGAUGUUGGGUUCCUGUGAUGCUGAUGCCAUUACUCUCUGACUUCACUGCCUGGGCUAAUUGGAUAAGCUUCAGAGUAGAGUUGGUGUGUUUAGGGUGAAUGUUGCAAAAAUUAGUGUGUGUGUGUGUGUGUGUGUGUGUGUGUGUGUGUGUGUGUGUGAUCUGAAUGAGGGUGAAGUCAGCUGUUCCAGGUGAAUCUCCAACACAGCAACAAACUAAGAUUAUAUUGAAGCAGAGCCCUUGUCUGUGUGGUACUUUCUACUAUUUUAGUGUUCACCCCAACACCUGCCCCUCCAAGGGAAUUGACAGAGAGUUUAACAUCAUGUUCUUCCUGUCCUUUGCAAUUACAAAGGGAACCAAAUCCGCUGGUAAAGGGUUUUCCACUUUGGGCUCAGUAUGGUGGGGGUAACGGUGACUGAAUUCUGUGAUCAGACCCAGAGGCUGAUGAUACUAACCUAUUUCUGACCCAUUGUGUGUUGGUCAGCCACAACUGAAUUAAUGAAAGAACAUGACUGUUUUCAGUUAGUUAAUUUGUUUUGGGGUUUGGGUGACAGUGGACCUGGGAAACUGGAAUCUGGGAAUACUAUUGGUCAGCUUCUCAAUACCUACUCCUCACCUCCGCCCCCUGCCCAUCUCCCCCCACCCAACAAAAGCUGUAGCCCCUCAAUCCGUGAGCACAUUGUGAAAUAUUGGUAGUCCUCACAGUUUCCUGCCUUGAGCACCUGGAUAAGCUGGAGAAUAGACAGUGCCCUGUUGUUCCUGCAAUGUUCAGUAAUCACCCAGAUUACUGGAGGAGACGCUGAUGGCCUGUGGUAAACGGAUCUUGGUUUCCUUGCGUUCGGUAGCUGCUGGGGGAUGGGGCGAGUAUUGGUCAAGAGCACGAGGUGUUGUCCAACUGAUUCACGGUACAACUCCUGCCCAGCCCAACCUGAGCCCCUCAUUGUCACUCUGUUGCUGGUAGUAAGGUGAACUGAAGGAUUUAUAUAUACCCUGUUGUGCAGGUCUGAAAUUGUACGAAUUUCAAUGCUUCCCAUUUUGUUACACCUAGUUUAGUACAAUGUAACAGUGCUUUUGACAAAAUAAAUGUGUAAAGAUGGA